AUGCAGUGUGACUUCUCCACGGCCUCACGGCCUACCAUGACACUGCACCUUCAGGACCACCGCCCCAACACCCCCACAGACCUGGCGCCCGGGUCCCUCCGGGCCGGUGCCCGGGCGGGUAAGGCUGAGGCAAUGAAGCCCGAGGCAAGAGCCAGUGGAGCAGAAACCACAGAUACUUCCUCAAAGCAGCAGCCUAAGCUCAGAGCCCACUCACCCCCUGAAGCCACAUCGCCCCCUGAAGCUAUGGGAAGCAAUCAGGACUUCCGAAACCUCCAAGCUAAGUUCCAGGCCUCUCAAGAGCCUGGAGAACCAUCCAGAAAACCCAUAAAGCCUGAGUUCAACAAACUCCUGAAGAAGUUUCCACAGACUGAGUUAAGUGAGCAGCCCAAGAAGGCCUCAGAGUCUGAGCUCAGCACAGUGUCCCUGAAACCCCUGCAGCUGCAGUUUACGGACAUCCCCAAGAAGACCUCACAGUCAGAAGGUCUUAGAAAGUCACCACAGCCUGAACUCAAACAUUUCCCAAGGAAGCCUCCACAUCCAGAGUUCACUAAUCUCCCCAAGAAGCCUCCAAAACUCAAGUUUGGUGAACUCACCAAGUCUCCACAGCUUGGGGAACCCCAGGAACCUAGUAUAUCUACCCAGAAGCCCCUGAAAUCUGAGCUCAGCAAUCCUGCCAGGCCCCCAGUAGAGCUCAAACCUACCACAUUUCCCAAGAAGUUCUGGCAGCCUGAAUCCAGUGAGGCCCCUCUGAAGUCCUUGCCCAAGAAGCCACUGCAGUCUCAGGCUGCUGGUUCCUCUAGGAAGUCCCUGACACAGGUAGAGUCCAGCGAAGUUCCUCAGACAUCCAAGCCUGGGUCCAGUGAGUUUUACCCCAACUCGCCAGAGCCUGACGUCAGUACCUUUCCCAAGAAGUCCCUGCAGUCUGAGCUCAAUGAGAAUUUCAAGAAAUCUCCAUCUCUUCAGGCCACUGGUUGCACAAAGUAUCCACAGCAGCCCAUGUCCUAUGAGGUCCCCCAGACAGCCCCCUGGAAACCUGAGUCAUAUAAUCCCCCAUCUCACUCCCUGCAGCCGGACGUCCAUGCAUUGCCCAAGAAGCAUCCACAGCUCCAGCUAAGUGACCUUACCAGGACAUCCUCGGAGCCCGAAGUCUGCAAAUUUCCCAAGAAGCCUCAGCAGCCAGCCCCCAAAGUGCUUUCUAAGAAGCCUUCGCAGCAGGAACUGGGUCAUCUCCCUAGAACAUCCUCAGAGCCUGAGUUCAGCUCACUCCCCAGGAAGUUUCUGAAGCCUCCACAUGGCAAGUUCUUCCAGCCUGACUUUCCCAAGGGUCUGCCCGGAAAGCCCAAACUUCCUGGUUCAGUAUCUGAGUGCUCCCUGCCCUCUGCCUUUGAGGGUUCCAGCCCCCAGUUCCCCCUCAGCCCUGGGUAUGGAAUCUCUCGGACACCCAAUUGGAGAUCAGAAGACUUCCAAGUCCAGCACCCGCCCCAGCGAAGGCCUUUGCCUUCAGCCAGCAGCCUGGGAUCUCCUCCAGCCAAGCCCCCAUUACCACCUGUCCCCAUCAGUAUCCAAAGCUUCCGGAGAGCCUCAGCAAUGGCCACAGCUGUCCUGAAGACUGGCUCUUCUGAGACCCACUUCCCAGCCCAACCUCAACAGACCCUGCAGAACCCGGACGAGAUCUAUGAGCUGUAUGAUGCUGUGGAAGCCACAAGUGACUCUAGUCUCAGCCCAAGGGGCAGAGAUGAAGUGCAGACUACCCAGCAAGUCACCAGAUGGCCUCAGCAGGACGCAGAGCUCAGGAAGAAUGCUACUCAACUACAGCAGCUGCCACCCACAGACCCCAAGCUGCUGAAACAGAUCAGGAAGGCAGAGAAAGCUGAGAGAGAGUUUAGAAAGAAGUUCAAGUUUGAAGGUGAGAUUGUGAUUCAAACAAAGAUGAUGAUUGACCCCAAUGCCAAGACCCGGCGUGGGGGUGGCAAGCACCUGGGUAUCCGUCGUGGAGAAAUCCUGGAGGUGAUCGAGUUUACUAACAAGGAUGAGAUGCUGUGCCGGGACCCCAAGGGCAAGUAUGGCUAUGUACCCAGAACUGCACUGUUGCCCUUGGAAACAGAAGUAUACGAUGAUGUCAGCUUUUGGGACCCUCUGGACAACCAACCAUUUCCUCAGGGACAGUAA